AUGACCGCAUUCUCUUCGCCCCAGCAGCAGUUCCAGGUGACUGCUCGCAACUUAAUAACAGACGACACAGCAGGCUCAAAUCCGUCUACAAGCACGCCCAUCACAAGCGCAGCCACCGCAAACUCAAUAUCAAACAUUACCCCCACCCUCGUUACGCCACUAUCCACCUCAACUCGCCUACUCCAUAGACCUCGACCAGAGGCUUCGUCGUCUACUUCAACUCCUCCUACCAUACCCCCUCGAUACCAUUCAACCGCUGAAACUGUCACCUCGAAUACGCUCUGGAAGCAAAACACGGCAUCGAUGUCGUCGGGAAUAUCUAGUAUCCACAGUCCACACAACUACUCGCAUAACAAUCGCAAAACUCACUCUCUCGACAGCACAAACAUUCACAUUCCUUCUCAAAGACCCUCCCUUCCCUGCUCAUUACCCUACACACCGCAUUAUCACUCAUAUUCCACCGAACACUUUGACCGAACAUAUUCUGUUCAAGUAACACGGCGAAAAAGAGAGCUUUUGUUACGUAAAUUGCUAUCUGCGUCAUUCAUAGCUUGUUUGACUGCGAUACUAGCUUAUUUUUAUUUCUCUUCCUCUAACACGAGUAGACAAUUGUACAAUAGUAAACAUGGAUACGGAAAUAGCAUACGCACAAAUAAUAUAGAUAACAUCAAGAACAAUGAUCAAACUGACCAAAGAUAUUUCGCUCAUAAUCAAGCUGAUACCCAUAAAGACAUUUUCUCUUCCGAUAGCUCUAGAACCUCACAUCCAACAACUCAUGCAAACGAUAUAAUUCUCUACCGCAUUCUUGGCAAUGACCUCCCCCCAAGACACAAAACUGGUCAAACGCUACAAAAUCUCAAAUUCAUACUCGACAACGAAGAGCCCUUUCCUCGGACUACAAAGUACUGGAUUCUCAAUCGUAUAUUUGACCAAUCUUACGAAAAGGCCUUGAUCAAUUUAUUAGAGGCUCGCAAUCAGUCGUAUCUGAGAAUACCUUUUGAAGUCGAUGAGUAUUUGAAACACGAUUUCAGAUUGGAAGAUUUUCCCGAGUCGGAUUUCUUUCAUUCAGAAGAGUUUAGUAGGUUUACCAAUGUUGGCAAACUAAGGACCAUGGAUCAUACGUAUUAUGACAAGAAUCUAUAUGUUAUGAAUAAUAACGGAGGUCGUAACGCUGCCAUUCAACACGGAAAGCUUUUACCCAACAUCCGUUGGAUUUUUCCGCUCGAUGGCAACUGUUUCCUUACAGCCAACGCCCAUGCUGAUAUCAUUAGGCAACUCGAUAGUUACGGCAACGAUUACAAAUAUUUCAUUAUCCCUAUGGCGAGGUUGGUGAACAAUACACAAUUGCUAGUGAACAAGGAUGAGCGACCGUCCACACCAGAGGAGCCGCAGAUUGUGUUUAGACACGACGCUGAAAUGGCUUACAACUCGGGCAUGAGAUAUGGCAGGCGAUCAAAGCUUGAACUCCUCUGGCGCUUAGGCGUGCCCCCGCGCUCAACCCAUCACAAGCAACCUGUUCCGUGGGAAGUUUCGCACCCUGCUCCCUCACCGCCAUCUUCACCUCUCUACAAGUCUGCCGGUUGGGUUUUCCGCUUAUUCUCUGGUCAUUCUGCCCAGGAACUUCCCCAAAAAGAAGCUUCAACACUACGUGCGCUCAACCGUCUCCUUGCAAUACAGGGCUUCAUCGACAACGUAGAUGAGACCAUUGCGAGAACCGUCCAAGGAUUCAAUCCUCACAAAUUAUGGAUAUACGAUGAGGAAGAGUUCGAAAAAGUAAAAUUAAAUUUGUGGGUGGGUGACCAGAAGACCAAGAAAUUAGUGAGCUUUUUGGCUGACAGAGCAAAUAUGAUUGCAAAAGAUAUUGAAAAGGAUGUUGUCGUCGUUGAGAAAAACGUAUGGGCUUUGGGAAAUGGAUUAAGGAAAUGGAAUGAUCGAAACGCGGACAGAGAUGAUGCAAAAUUUAAUAUAAUGUCGGAAAAAUAUAAUCAAGAACAUUUGAAUAGAGAAAACAAAGACAAAGGACAAUUUGUAGAUAAUAUAAUAACUUAUACUAAUUGCCAGGAGCGAUCGCAGGAACGAGAGCUCGGCGGAGAAGUCAAUAAUGGGCAUUAUUUAGCUACUCCCGACGCACAUACUCAAGCAGGCUCGAAGUCACAUCAUUGUACACCAUCACUCUCGACAAACAAUAUGCAUCUCGCACCUUUAUUCGAAAACAUCACUACGCUAACCUUAUCCCAUUAUUUCUCCUCGAACGAUGUGCAUGCAAGACACGCAGCAAAUCUCAUCCGAUGGGUGUUACUGUCGUCUUAUGCUGUGGGCGAUCAGAACGAUCCCGAUGUGGUUCAUAGUACAACGGAGAGUGAAACCGAUCAAUAUCCGGAUGAGGGAUAUGCGUUCCCGGCUUUGCACAGGAUACCGAGAGUCAUGGAGAAGUACGCGAAACUAGAUUAUAAUAUGAGAUAUGAAAACGAAUACGAGGAUCCCAGAAAGGAGAACCAGAACGGAAAAUUCAGCAAAGAAGAGGACGAGAUAGUAAAGGAGCUACUUCGAACAGAUUUGUCACAUUUUCUCGAUUCUUGUAGACUUCUCUACCGCUCGCAUGCCCUAUCUCAUCACGAAUACCUCGAACUCAAAUCACUAGCUUCCACUUGGCUGGAACUUCUGCUCUAUUCGUCAAGUGCAAUCGCCACAUCUCGUCUUCCAGACCAUCGUGCUACCCUUUACGACUUGAACGUCUCUGCUCUUGCUGCAUUUACAAACGACGUGCGUAUGUACUUACGCGUGAUCAAUCGUUGUCGAAUGCGAAUCGGAAAGCAUUUUCACGUGUCGCCUUACGCUGGACAGACAAAGCAGAUAUUCGAGAUCGAUUAUGUGAACACAUACGGAAGCGAAAAGAAUGAUCUGAAUGAAUACAAUGAGGCAUUAUUGAAGCAUAGUACUUUGAAUUUACAGUAUUGGCUGUUAUUAACACGAGGAGUACAGAACGCUGCUGUCGGAAAAGAUUUGUGGCAAUAUACUGCAAAACAAGGACAGCGUCUUCCGCGAGCCAUGAUGUCUCAUCUGGAUUUGUACCAUUCUCGUGUGCAAGUGCAAGACGAUAUCCUCAAACCUUUAUUGCACAUAGCACAGGCUGCACAUAGUAACAUUGGUGGGAAAAUGGACGUUUUUGGCGAUUUAGAGGGUAAAAAGGAGUGGAGGAGAAUAGUAGAAAGGAGAGUAGGGAUUGGAAGCGAAGCUAGAGAAUGGGGUAUACCGCCUUUUUGGAUGCUUGGAAUCGCAUAA